AUGUCUUCCAAUAUCGCUUCAUGCGCCCUGCGCUCGGCGGGCCGAGUUGGCUUGAGCCCAGCCUCUCGCAUUACUGUAGCUCCUCUGCGAGGUAUGGCUCGCGCAGCUGUCGUGGCGAGGCGCACAUCACGACGUGGAUAUGUAUCGGAGACCAAGAGGGACAAUGCUCAGGUUGAGACGGCUAUCAAGCUCGACAAGAAGGCCUUUGCUGACAUCCCUCCGCCUGAUACUCCUUCCAAUGCUAGCGUUAGUCCAAUGGCUGAGGUCCUGAAGCAAGCAGCAGUUAUGGAUGAGGGCCAGCGCCCCAUCUAUCUCGACAUGCAGGCUACAACGCCCGUCGAUCCUCGAGUUCUCGAUGCAAUGAUGCCAUUCUAUGUCGGCGUCUAUGGCAACCCCCAUUCGCGAACACAUGCUUAUGGAUGGGAGAGUGAGAAAGCUGUAGAAGAUGCGCGUGAGCACGUCGCCAAGCUUAUCGGUGCUGAUUCCAAGGAGAUCAUCUUCACCAGCGGUGCCACCGAGAGUAAUAACAUGAGUAUCAAGGGCGUCGCUCGCUUCUUUGGUCGAUCUGGUAAGAAGAAGCACAUCAUCACAACACAGACUGAGCACAAGUGUGUACUCGACAGCUGCCGCCAUCUUCAGGAUGAGGGCUUCGAGGUCACAUAUCUCCCUGUUCAGAACAACGGUCUCAUCAGAAUGGAGGAUCUGGAGGCCGCUAUCCGACCCGAGACUGCCCUCGUCAGUAUCAUGACUGUCAACAACGAGAUUGGUGUGAUCCAGCCUAUUGAGCAAAUCGGCAAGCUGUGCCGAUCGAAGAAGAUCUUCUUCCAUACUGACGCUGCCCAAGCUGUGGGCAAGAUUCCUCUCGACGUCAACGCCAUGAACAUUGACUUGAUGUCAAUUUCCUCGCAUAAAAUUUAUGGUCCCAAGGGUAUUGGGGCCUGUUAUGUCCGAAGGCGACCUAGGGUCAGACUGGACCCUCUUAUUACCGGCGGUGGUCAGGAACGAGGUCUCCGAAGUGGAACUCUCGCUCCCUCCCUCGUUGCCGGCUUUGGCGAGGCUUGUCGCAUCGCCAAGGAGGAGAUGGCUUACGACACCAAGCGCAUUAAAUAUCUUUCAGAUCGCCUGCUCAACGGCCUCUUGUCUAUGGAGCACACAACACAGAACGGCGCUGCCGACUCCUUCUACCCCGGUUGCGUCAACGUUUCCUUUGCUUAUGUCGAGGGAGAGUCUCUCCUGAUGGCCCUCAAGGAUAUUGCUCUGUCUUCGGGCAGUGCUUGUACCUCGGCCUCACUGGAGCCUAGCUACGUUCUGCGCGCGCUUGGCAACAGUGACGAGAGCGCUCACAGCAGUAUCCGAUUCGGCAUUGGCCGCUUUACCACUGAAGCUGAGAUUGACUAUGUUCUCAAGGCAGUACAGGAACGUGUCACUUUCCUCCGAGAGCUGAGCCCUCUGUGGGAGCUCGUCCAGGAGGGCAUCGAUUUGAAUACCAUUCAGUGGAGCCAGCACUAA